AUGGAUAUCAAAGAGGGCGGAAUUCAAAGGAAUUUACAAUUACAAGAAUUGGAAGAGAUUCACAAUGAAGCCUACGAGAAUACUGUGAUUUAUAAGGAGAAGAAUAAGAUAUUUCAUGACCAGCAGGUCUCUAGGAAGACGUCUGAAUGUGGGCAAAAAGUUCUACUGUAUCACUCGAAAUUGAAGUUAUUUCCAGUGGAGAUCCAGAAUCUAAGGACGGAGAACAAAUUUGUGGUCAAUGGACACCGUUUCAAGCAUUAUUACGAAGGUUUUCCAAAUGGAGAAGUGGAGAUGAUAAGGCUAGGAGCACCGCCAUGUUCUAAUCAGUGA